CAGAAUCGGCUGGAGUAUGCAAAGCGAGCAGCGGACCGUUGGUGUGUUUCAGGACGUUGGCACAGUUUCUUAUGGUCUACAGUGUAGGUUAUGUGUACAGGUAAACUCUGUUCACUCUGAAACAGGUGUGUGUGUGUGUGUGUGUGUGUGUGUGUGUGUGUGUGUGUGUGUGUGUGUGUGUGUGUAAAAGGCAAGGCGUGUGUGUGAAGCUCAGAGCCGCUGCAACGAAGACGCGGUGUAUUGUCAUAUACACAGAGAAACGGCGACAAGAACAACGUCAACCAAAAGGUGCUCUUACAUGAUGCAUACUGUUUAUUGAUGACCAUGAUGGCCAACCUGAUGGAAGACAACAUCAUGUUAUAAUCUCUGGACUUCUAUGAAUGCAUGAGCUUUGAAGUGGCUGAUCAAAGUGUGCGCUGAGGCGAACAGCUACUGAAGAGGGCAUCGUGAGUGCUCACGCAGGGGGAUGGAAGCAGUGGACUAGCCAAGUCUACCUCCCUGAUGCUCUGGGUGUGGUGGAUAUCCGUUAGGAGAUGAUUCGGCUCCUGUGAUCACCUCACACAUCCUGCCAGUAUUGCAGCACUGCAUUUUGUGCAUGAAGGAUGGGACCCAAAGUGGAUUUAUCGGUACUUGUGCUUGGUUUCUGCUGCAGGGGAAUGGGGCUGCUGUGGACACUGCUGGCAUCUACUCUGUUCGCCUGCAGCUCUGCUAUUCUCAUGGACACUGUAGAAAGCCACAGCAUGUUUACCUGUGAGCCCAUAGGGCUCCGAAUGUGUCAGGAUCUCCCCUACAACACCACCUUCAUGCCCAACCUGCUUAACCACUAUGACCAACAGACAGCCGCUCUCGCCAUGGAGCUCUUUCACCCCAUGGUGAACCUGCAGUGUUCUCCAGACCUGAGGCCUUUCCUGUGUGCUCUCUACGCCCCCGUGUGUACGGAGUAUGGCCGCAUGUCGCUGCCCUGCCGUAGUCUGUGUAUCCACUCAAAGAGAGACUGUCACAAGCUAAUGGAUAUGUUUGGUGUGUCGUGGCCUGAGGAGAUGGACUGCAGCAGGUUCCCAGAGUGUGAUGAGCCGUAUCCGCGUGCUGUAGACAUGCUGACCACUCUGAACACAUCAGACGAGUUGCCCAUGACUGUGCAGAGAGACUAUGGUUUCUGGUGUCCUCGAGAAUUGAAGAUUGAUCCUGAGCUGGGUUACACCUUCCUGGGUGUGCGUGACUGCUCUCCUCCUUGCCCUAACAUGUAUUUCAGACGAGAAGAGCUCACCUUUGCCCGCUACUUCAUUGGCGUCAUCUCUAUAGUCUGCUUGUCCGCAACACUCUUCACGUUUCUUACCUUCCUCAUUGAUGUCACGCGCUUCCGCUACCCGGAGCGACCCAUCAUCUUCUACGCUGUGUGCUACAUGAUGGUGUCGCUGGUCUUUUUCCUGGGCUUUCUGCUGGAGGAGCGUGUGGCGUGUAAUGCAGCUAACCCGGCCCAGUUCAAAGCCUCCACGGUGACGCAGGGCUCCCAUAACAAAGCAUGCACUCUGCUCUUCAUGGUGCUCUACUUCUUCACUAUGGCUGGAAGUGUGUGGUGGGUGAUCCUCACAAUCACCUGGUUUCUGGCUGCUGUGCCCAAGUGGGGCAGUGAGGCCAUCGAAAAGAAAGCCCUGCUGUUCCAUGCCAGUGCCUGGGGCGUACCUGGUGUGCUGACUGUAGCGCUACUGGCCAUGAAUAAGAUCGAGGGAGAUAAUAUCAGUGGCGUGUGCUUUGUAGGACUGUACGAUGUGCACACACUGCGCUGGUUUGUGCUGGCUCCACUGUGCCUGGACGUGCUGGUCGGCGUGUCUCUUCUCCUGGCUGGAAUCGUGGCCCUAAACCGCAUCCGCAUGGAGAUCCCUCUAGAGAAAGAGAACCAGGACAAGCUGGUGAAGUUCAUGAUCCGUAUCGCCGUGUUCUCUGUUCUAUACCUGGUGCCACUGCUGACGGUGUUGGGCUGUUACCUGUAUGAACAGGCGUACCGUCCAGUGUGGGAGACCACCUGGGUACUGGAUCGCUGCAGAGAGUAUCACAUCCCCUGUCCUUAUCAGGUGGAGCAGACGAGCAGGCCUGACCUGGUUCUGUUCAUUAUGAAGUACCUGAUGGUGUUGGUCGUUGGCAUCCCGUCUGUGUUCUGGGUGGGCAGUAAGAAGACCUGCUUUGAGUGGGCCAGCUUUCUUCAUGGCCGCAGACGCAAAGACAGUACGGUGAACGACAGCCGUCAGGUCCUGCAGGAGCCCGACUUUGCUCAGGCUCUGUUGCGUGACCCCAAUACACCCAUCAUACGCAAGUCACGUGGUACAUCCACACAGGGCACGUCCACCCAUGCCUCCUCCACUCACCUGGCCACGUUAGACGAUGUGCGCAGCAAAGCGAGCAGCAUCCACAGCAAGAUGAGCAGCUACCACGGCAGCCUGCACCGCUCCCGUGACGGCAGGUACACUCCUACCAGCCACAGGGCCAUGGAGGAACGCCCACCCUAUGGGAGCAUGCCCCGCCUUAACGAGCAGCUAUCCCGUCACAGCAGCCUACACCGACUCGACAGCCAAUCACGACACAGCAGCGCACGGGACUUAAGUCAUCCUCCACCUACCAACAUAACACACGGCUCCAGCAUGAACCGCGUGGUGGAGGAAGACGGAGCAAGUGUGUAAUAACUAGACAGUUUAGUUUACACACAUUGUCCUCAGCAUCUCCCCCUGAACUAUCUGGAACAACAGACUCUUUACUCUGCAGAGGGAGAAGGUGCACAUGUGAAGACUGCACUCAAGCUACUGUAUACUGUAUACGAUACUGUAAAGUUCAGGUGAUGGGACAAGUGAGUAACAUAAUAUAGCAUUAUUCUGCCCCCUGCUGAGGGACUGCAGACAUGUUUCUCUUUUUGUUUAUUGUUUUUUUUUCUUUCAAGUGAGCAGCUUGCAGCUGUGCAGUCUUAGAAACUCAGUGUCUUACUUGCUGACUUGCAGCUUUUUCGUCAUGCAGUCCUUACCACGGCUGUGAGAAGCUCAUCAGAGCAGCUUCACUCAGUGAGGAUCUUUUACAUCUUAGCCUUCUUCAUGUACAAGCACUCCCCCCUUGUCAGCUUAAAGACAAUGGGGGAAAUUAAGACAAAUGUUACAGUACUUGGCAGUUAUGUGCCUCUGGCAAGCAAUUAAAUACACAAGACAAGGAUGAAGAAAGUAAAGGAUUUACUCACAUUAGCUCUUGUGAUGUAUAAGUUUUCUGUACAUUACAGUACUCCUCAGAAACCGCAGACCUGAAAACCUCACUUCCACCAGAUGGACCAUAUACCCUGCUGCAUCAGCCUACCUCAUCAGCCCACAGAUCCCAGACCUGCCUCAGAUCACACCAAACGUUCAACCUGUGAUCGCUCUCCUUGUAGUGAUUAUUAAUGAUUUAGAAGCAGAGUGGCUUCACUGGCACAGUGCAGCGUUUCCACAAAUGCAUUUGUUUUCGACACAGGUCUGUAACUCCACAGGAAAGAAAACAUUCACAGAGGUGUAAAUGUAUUUUGUGCACACUACUGAUGGCAUGCUGCCUGUGGCGAGAGAAGUGUAAACAACUCGAACCAGAAAAUUGCUGUGUGAACAAAUCUGGUUUAAAAAUCUACAUUAAUAAACACUGAAGCGAGAAGUCCCACAACAGUGCAGAAAUGUGUGGUUACUGCUUCUGGUCCAUCCAUCAGCUCCAUUCUGCACACUAUAUGCAAAUAGCUUUGAAAACUAUUUCUGCUUGACAUUUCUGUUGCUCUCUUCCGUAUGCAAUGUGUGCUCCUACUGUAAGCAUGUAUAUGUGCAACACUGUAAAGUAUUUCUGCUUCCAGAUGCUUUUCUGGUACAGAAUUCAAAAUUUAAUACAUAUUUAUAUCAAGUUCUGAAUAUUUUGUAUUGUUUUUUUGUUUGUUUGUUUUUUUUAAACUGAGCUGCACCAAUUCAAACUUUUGUUAAAUUGUAGCUAAAUCCUGAUUUAUCCCGAGUGCUUUUGUUUACCUGUUGGAAAAGUGAAAUAUCUUUGUGGUAUUUAGUGCCUGAAAAUGUGACCGUGGACCUGAGCUUUGUGAAAUGAUGACGCUUUAACAGCUACUACUGCUUCUUUAGUUUCUUGGCCUUCAGUCUCGAAAGUAUGUACAAUGCUUUGUUCUCUACUUUUGUCUUUACUGUAGGGACUGCUGAUUUUCUUAGAGGGAGUGAGAUUUAGCACUUUAACUGUAAGCUGUUGAAUGUGUAUUGAUAUUCUUUGCAGUUUUAGGGUCUUGCAAAAAUUUCAGAUCUUUUUUUUUUAAUAAAGAAAUACAAUUGCUGUUGAA